AUGUCCCCUGGCCGCGCGUCCUUAUCAUCGCCCCUUGACCCGCGCACCCUCGCCUCGCCCGUCGCUGCUGCCUCCCCGGCCGCGUACGGCAGUGCGGCGGGGCACGGGGAUACCGGCAGCGGCGGCGAUGAGAGCGCAGAUAGCGCGGAGCGUGUGCGCGUUGGAGGGAGCGAGCACGGCGGUAGCAGCAGCGGCGGGGCGCACGAGGGCGUGGCGGGCGAGUCGCUGCUGCAGCAGCACCAACGCGCGCGGGCCGAGGAGGCAGUAUCCGCGUUAUCGAGUCCGGAUAUAUCGGAUCCGGAUGAUAGCGACGAGGAGGCGGAAGAGCGGGAGGAGGCGGAGCACACGCAGCAGGUGUUAGGCAAGGCAUACGAGAACGUGUUCGACCGUUACCAUAUGGGCGCGGAGCUGGGGCGCGGGCAGUACGGCGUGAUCUGGCUGGCGACGGAGCGCGCGACGGGCGAGACGCUCGCGUGCAAGUCGAUCUGCAAGGCGAAGCUGGAGGGCGACGGCGACGUGGAGGACGUGCGGCGCGAGGUGGCGGUGAUGCAGGCGGUGCGCGGGCACGCCGCGAUCGUGCAGCUGCGCGGCACGUUCGAGGACCGCCAGUGGGUGCACCUGCUCAUGGACGUGUGUCUGGGCGGCGAGCUGUACCAGCGCAUCCUGCAGCGCCAGCGCUACCCCGAGAGUGACGCGGCCGUGGUGUGCCACACGCUGCUGUCCGUGGUGGCGCACCUGAACGCGCUGGGACUCAUGCACCGCGACCUCAAGCCCGAAAACAUUCUGCUCGUGUCGCAGGACUCGCACACUGACGUCAAGAUCGCUGACUUCGGCCUCGCCACCUUCGUUCAGCCAGGUGCGCCACUGAGCGCGAUGGCGGGGAGCGCGUUCUACAUAGCGCCGGAGGUGCUGGCAGCGCAGUACGGCGUGGAGGCGGACAUGUGGAGCGUGGGCGUCGUGCUCUUCAUCCUGCUCUCGGGCCUGCCGCCCUUCUGGGCGCCCUCCGAGGACGGCAUCUUCCAGGCAAUCAGCAAGGGCCACGUGGACAUGAGCUCGGGCGUGUGGGAGGGCGUGUCGGCGGAUGCAAAGGACCUCGUGUCGCUCAUGCUCACGCUCGACCCCCGCCACCGCAUCACACCGUCUCAGGCGCUCAAUCACCGCUGGUUGAAGGAGCACUGUGGCAACCUCACCAGCGCGCCCCCCUCGCUGCCCGGCAAGUCCACCCCCACUGCACCCAGUACCACUCCCCUCACUCCUACCGCUUGUGCUCAGUCCUCUCCCACGCCAACGACGCCAGCAGCAGCACCACCAACAGCUACAGAAGAAGCAGCAGCAGCAGCAGCAGAAGCAGAAGCAGCAGCAGCAGCAGCAGAAGCAGCAGCAGCAGCAGCAGCAGCUGCAACCUCCCCAGCCGUUGCUGCAGAGGUGGCAGCGGGCAGGGGCAGGCGAGGUGGCACGGCGUCAUCUAGGCAGAAAGGGACAGGCGCGCCAGGAAGCAGCGGCGGCGGCGGCAGCAGCAGCAGCAGCUCGAUAGCCCGGUCGCGGUCGUCAGACGUGAGUGCUCUCAUGGGCUCCGCUGCCAAGGGGGGCCCUUUCACCGACCCUUUAGGGCUGCCUGUGCCUGCUGGCGCGUUGCUGCGUGGCCGGCGCACGCUGAGCAGGCGGUUUGAGCGAGAGGAGGAGGAGGAGGAGGAGGGCGGCGUGGACGACGAGGACGAGGGACGGCGGGCGGUGGAGGAAGACGGGGAGACGGAUGGCAAUAAGGAGGGGCACACGGGGCAGAGGAAGGUGGGAGAGGGUGUGGGCGCGGGCGAGGGCAGGGCAGAGAGGAGUCCCAAGCUGAGCCCUGCGAGGCACAGCCCGCUUGCCCUCACUGCAGCGCGCGUGGGGGAUGGGGCCCGCGAGGCGGGCAGGGAGGCGUGGCGAGUGGAGCGCGAGGGGAGCAGGCGCGUGGAGAAAGGGGAGUUGAUGCAGCUGCUGGCCUCAGUGGAGACGCACAUGGCUGCUGCAGCAGCAGACGUGCCUUCUGCUCCACACACGCCCGCAGCCGCUGCUGCAGCAGCAGCAGCAGGGCAGGCGGGGAAGGGAACGGUGCCGCGCGUAUCCAGCGCAGAUGAUGUCACAGGCAAGGGCAAGCCGGGAGGCAAGGCAGGCGAAGGGGAUGCGCGGCAGGGCGCAGGUCGAGGCGCCGUUGCACGAGCCACGCCGCCUCUGCCUGUGGGGCGCGCCAAGACCGAUGUGGGGAGCACCGUUCUGGCUGUCACGCCCUCUCCUGCUGCUGCCACUGGCGCGCCUGAUGCUGCUGCUGCUGGGGCGGCCGCUGCACCCGGGACAGGGGACAAGGAGAAGGAGCAGGGAGGGGAGCAAGGGGGUAACUCUUGCGCUGUGAGUGGUGAGGAGGAGCGUGAGGCGCGGCGUGGUGGUGGCGAGGGGCAGGCAGACAAAGAGGUGGACGCUGCACAAGAGAGUGGCGACGAUGGGGAGAUGGAAGCGUGGGAGUGGGAGGAGAAGGAGAGAAUACGCGUGCAGGAGGAGAGGGAGCAAGAGGCACAGGGACCUCUUGAAGCCUUCUCCACCGCAGCAACACCAACAGCAGCAGCAGCAGCAAUGGCACGGGGCAUGGCAGAUCCUAGUGCAGCAGAAAUACCAGGAAGUGCACCUACGGCGCCUUGGCGUCGCCUGGUGUCCCUGCCCAUCUAUGCCUCGCCGUCCAACCCCACCAGUGCGGUGCCACCCCAAUGGGGGUCUGACAGCACCGCCAACCCUCUGCUUGGAACGCCAGGCCCUGCUGCUGCUCACGCCCACGCUGCUUUUGCUCUUACUGACGGCGAUUCUGCAGCUGGCAGCGCCACCCCGUUCGGCGCCAGCCGGGGGCAGCAGCGUGUGGCGCUGCGCUCUCUCUCCACGCACGCGCUGCGCUCCUCCUAUGCUGCCGCCGGCCUCACUACCCCGCCACCAGCUGCGCCGGCAGCAGCAGGGGCCAGCUGGAAUGCAGAUGGCACCAGGAGCCAUGGAAGAAGCGUGGGCGAUUACGCUGGUAGAGCUGCCACCACUCCGCUUGCGGCGCCUCCCUUCGCCUCCCCCCAGCCCUCCCCCUUGCCUCUCUCCCCGCAUCACCACAUCUCCGCUUUCUCCCACGCCUUCCCCGCUCAUCCCGACUUCCACUCGCCCAUGCUGCCGCGCCAUGGCCCCACGCCCUCCUUCCCCAAGUCCCCUCGCAGCGAGCCGCGCCUGAAGAGCAGUGUGAGCUUUGGGGGCGGCGUGGGGCAGCCGGCAGGCUCUGGGGGAGCAGCGCUCCCGGGGGGCCACAUGCGGUCGCCUCUCCAUCGCACCGCAUCCGCCACCGCUGCUGCCGCGCCUCCAUCCUCCUUGGCCGCUUCCCGUGCGCCUGGCAGCAUCACUCUCGCAAUGCCCUACAAUCCCCCGCCCGCUGUUGCAACAAACAGUGGCAUGGCAGGGUCGUAUGAAUCGUACGGGUCAGGCACAGGGCUUAUACCAGACGACCAGGCCUUCUGUCGCCCGCUCUACCCCGCGCCUGACUCCGCCUUCCCGCUCUCGCCCCUCCACCCACACCACCACCAGCACGACUACAGCCAUGGGGGAUAUCACCACCUGCCCACUGACCCUGGCAGCAGCGGCGCCGGCGAAGGGGGUGGGUACGCUAUGGGGUAUGCGGCGGAAAACCAUGGGGUGAGCUCGUACCGGUCUUUCCAUCGGGGGCAGGCGACGGGGCACAUGGGGCAAGGCGUGCGGUCGGCCCUGCCGCACUCGCGCAGCAUGCAGCAGUACGAAGCGGUGCCGAGUGGUGAUAUGUAUGCGAGUGGGGAUGCUGUGGAUGAGUACGAAGGCGAGCAGUACAUAGCAGGACCUGCAGGAGAGUACGGUAAUGGGCAGCAGUGGGAAGGCGACGGCUCGGGUUACUUAUCUCGGAGAUACAGCUUUGAGAACGGGCAAGGGACCGGGGAUGGUGUUUCUAGGAUGGCAGGUGGUGGUAGUGUGGAUGGUGCUUGGAUGUACAACACAGGGGAAGGGCAUGGUGUUGCAAGGAGGCGGGAUAGGGAGCGAGUGGAGAAGGGAGGGAGGAGAGAGCGAGAGGUACGCGGAGUUCGAGAGCUGCAGCGCGCAGCAGAGAUACCGGGCAUGCCUGUAGGCGCCACCUCUGCCGCAAGGGGCAGCAGCGGCAUGGUUGUGGGCGGUAGUGGGAGCGAGAGGGUGCGAUCGGAGAGAAGGAAACAGCUGCUGCGGCAGAGGUCACAGGAUGCGCCUGUUGCUGCAGCACUGGUGAUGGGGGCAGGAGGGGUGGGGCGCAUGAGAGGGGAGAGUGAGGUGCAUGCAGCGCGCAGCAUCAGCCUCAACACUGUACAAGCCGCCAUGAGCCGGGACACGUCUGCUGGCUCUGCUGACUCAGCGUCGCCCCUUGAGUCGCCGUGCGUGAGCUGGGCGAGGGACGAUGGUAUGGAGGCGGGGGAUGGCAUGGGCGAGGGCAUUGCGCUGGUGAUGCGGCGCGAAGGCAUGCUGCCCAUGCAGGGGGGGGCGAGGGGGCAGCAGGAAGAGAGGGACAGCGAGGGCAGUGGAAGGAGGGGCGGUGAGAGGCGGUCGGGGAGCGAGUGGGAGGAGAGUAUGGAGGGGAGCGAUGAAGAGGCGGCGCAGGGUGAGGAGGAGGAGGAUGUGUAUAGUGAGUGGAGUGAUGGGCGUGGCUCCAGCUCAGGGUCAGAGGCGGCUUGGGGACGGGAUGAGGAGGAGGAGAGUGACGGGGGUGCGCGAGUGGGCACGGAUGUGUUGGUGGGCAUGCGGAGAGAGAGGAGUGUCUCGAUCAGUGAUUUAGAUAACAGUGAGAAUGAGGAGGGUUCGGAUGGGUGGAGUGAGAGUGAUGGGGAUGGAGUAGGCGGUGAGCUGUGGGAGGGCGAGAGGGGGAGUAAGAGGGAGAGAGAUAGUGACCGGGCUAAGUGCAACGGAGACAGAGUGAGGGAGGAUGACAGAAAUUGGGAUGACGAUAGGGAUAGAUACAGAGAGAGGGACCGAGAGAACGAGAGGGCUAGGAGGGAUCGGGAUCGAGACGGGGCGAGAGAGAAAGAAGGAGGGAGGAACCGAGAGCUGGAGAGGGGUAGGGAGGAACGAGAGAAAGAAAGAUAUCGGUCCAGGGAAAGUGAGAAGCCAAAGUCCAAGCACAGGGAUAGAAGUCAAGAACGGGACAGCAGGCACAGUGACAGCUCGAGUAGGCACAAGGAGAAGCGAGGAUCAAAGAGCAGAGACACGUAUUUUGAGCCAAACAGGCACAGAGAGCAUGGGAAGGAGCGGGCGAGGGAGAGGGAGAGAGAUAGCAAGCAUGAGAGGGGCAGCGAGAGGGAGCGAGAGCGGCAUGAGCGCACCAGGGCAAGGAGUAAAGAGAGGCAUGGACACAAGGAUAGGGAGAGAAGCAGUGAUCGAGAAAGGAGCCGUGAGCGGGAUGAGGCAAGGAGGAAUGAGAAACGCAAGGAGAGGGAGCAGCAGAGCCGAAGGAAGGAUUCUGAUCAGGCACGUGAGAGCGGUGGGGACAGGGAGAGACGAAGGGAACGAGACAGUGGUAAGACAAGAGAGAGACGCCAGGAGAGGUAUGAAGAGAGAGAUUGGGAAGGAGAGCGGGAAGGGAAGUGGGAUAAGGAGGAUGAUAGGGAGCGAAGCAGAGGUUCGAAAGCUGAAGCUCAAUCAAUGGUGGAGGAUGGUGGUGGUAAGGGGAAGGUGAGAGAUAAAGAAAGGGAAAAGAAUCGCGAUAAGGAGAAAGGAAGAGAGAAAGUUCGAGAGAGGGGUAAGGACCGAGACAGAGACAGGGAUAAGGAGAGGGAGAGAGACAAAGGUAGGGACAGGGAUAGGGAGAGAGACAGGGACAGGGAUAAGGAUAGAGAAAGAGAUAAAGAAAGGGACAGGGAUAAGGAGAGAGACAGGGACAGGGAUAAGGAGAGAGACAGGGACAGGGAUAAGGACAGGGAUAGGGAUAAGGACAGGGAUAGGGAUAGGGAUAGAGAAAGAGAUAAAGAGAGGGACAGGGAUAACGAGAGAGAAAGAGAGAGAGAGAGGAACCGGGAGAAAGGGAGAGAAAGUUCCAGGCACAAAGGCGAGAGGACACGUGACCGGGAUAGGGACAGGGAAGAAAGAGACAGAGAUUGGUACAAGGACGGCAAGGACAAGGAGAAGAGCCGUGAUAAGGCCAAGGGCCUGGAGAAAGGGAAGGAGCAGAACCGUGACAGGGAAAAGGGUGGCAGGAGCUACAAGGAGAAGUAG